AUGCAUAGAGUAGCACUUUCUGCUGGCCGUUCGGUCAACGCUGCCAGCAAGAUCUCAAGUUUGAGAACCUUUGCAUCGGUGAGCUCUGCCACCAGAAACCACAAGGUUGUUGUGGUUGGUGGUGGAUCUGCCGGUCUGGCAAUCAGUCAUCAGUUGCUUCGUACUGGAAAAUUCACACAAGACGACAUUGCCAUUGUUGACCCUGCGGCCUACCAUGAUUAUCAGCCUGGAUGGACACUAGUUGGUGGUGGUCUCAAGACAAAGGAGGAGUUGAGAAAGCCCAUGAGCAGUCUUGUGGACUCAAAGCUGAAGCUGUACAACCAAGGAGUCAACACAUUCGCUCCCGAGGAGAACCUGGUCACUCUUAGCAAUGGCGACAAAGUAGGUUACGAGAACCUGGUUGUGGCACCUGGUAUCGGCAUCAAGUACGACAACAUUAAGGGACUGCCUGAAGCACUGGCAGAUCAGUCAAUGCCUGUCUCGACUAUUUACGGCUACGAGACUUGCGACAAAGUCUUCCGUAACAUCAAGGAAUUUCGUGGUGGUGAAGCCUUAUUCACUCUGCCUACUGGCGUUGUCAAGUGUGCUGGUGCACCCCAAAAGGCAAUGUGGCUUGCUCUGGAUCACUGGAAGAAGGCUGGUCUCUACGAUCCUAGCAAUGUCGCCAACUCGCCUAUCAAGAUUAGCUUUGCAACUGCUCUUCCAGUAAUGUUCGGUGUGCCCAAGUACAGCGCCACUUUGGAGGAGUUGCGCAAGCAGCGGGGCGUCGAGGCCAUGUUCCAGCAUGAUUUGGUCGAGGUCAAUGGCGACAAGGCUAUUUUCACACGUCUAGAUGGCAGCGAGGAGAAAGUGUCUAAGCGCUUCGACCUGCUCCACGUUGUCCCCAAGAUGGGACCCCACGCUUUCAUCAAGGACAGUCCUCUGGCAAACGCAGCAGGUUUUGUUGAUGUCGAAGACGCCACUCUCCGCCACAAGAAGUUCGCCAACGUCUGGUCAGCAGGCGAUGCAUCUUCGCUGCCAACAGCCAAGACUGCUGCUGCAGUUACAUCUCAGGCUCCCGUAUUAGUUCAGAACAUGCUUCAAUCGAUUGAAGGCAAGGAACUCAACGCCGCUUACGACGGAUACACUUCUUGCCCUCUUUUGACCGAGUACGGCAAGGUUCUGCUUGCUGAGUUCAGGUACGGUGGACAGCCCAAGGAGACAUUUGCCAAGUUCGGAGUUGAUCAAACUGUUCCUCGUCGCGCUUUCUACCACCUCAAGAAGGACUUCUUCCCCUGGGUUUACUACAACAACAUGGUCAAGGGUACUUGGGGUGGCCCAAAGGGCUGGGUCUGGUAA